UUCCCGCCCACUCACUCCGCCAGGAACGCGGUUACUCAAGACUAGAGCGGAGAUUUGGGAAACACAUUUUCCCUGGACGUCGACAAAGUUAGUCUCACUACCUCACAAAGAAGAUGCUUUCUUGUGUACAACUGCCUCUGUGAAAACACAUCGAUAGAAUGAGUAAAGAAAGUCCAAGGAUAGACAUGGACCUGGCCUUUGGCUUUUCAGGCAAGGCGUAUGGCUCCUCAAGGAGUAUUGUGAGAAGAAUAGCCACCAAUCUUCCCCUUAAACCAUGCCCCAGGGUCCAUUUUCAGCUCGAUCCUUACACUGAGGACAGUAGUGACCUGAAUAGCACCGGGAGUCAGAAUGGACUGCUGGCCUCUCUGGCUGAUGUCUUCUGGAUCGACGAGGAGGAGAAAAAUGACUGGUUUGGAUUUGGGAGACUGAGGUCAGAGGCAUCGUCAGGGCUCAUGUUCCGUUCUCACCCGCCUCAGCCCAAACAACAACCUUUGCCCAGACGGAGGUCAUUACCCAGGCUGGCCGAGCCGGAGGCCCAGGGUCAGACCCGCAGCAACGAUGAGGCCAUCCAGAAGAUCAGUGCUCUAGAGACAGAGCUGGCCAAACUCAGAGCCCAGAUCGCACAGAUAGUACUGACCCAGGAGCAGAACACACUGACACCAGGAGGUCCUCCCGCCCCAGGCGGCCCUCCUCCACCCUGCGUCCCUCCCCCUCCGCCGCCUCCCCCUCCUCCACCCCCACUCAUGGGGCUCCAGCAGAGCUUCUCAGUCAUUAACCUCAUCCAGGAGCGCCGUGGGAAGAAGACUGAGGGCCAGACACUGCUGGACCAGGGGCCCAAGCAGGCAGAGAUCCCCAAUAUGCUGGAUGUGCUCAAAGACAUCGGCAAAGUCAAGCUGCGCCCCGCCAAGAGCCGGCCAGAGGAGAGGCAAGCCAAACCAAGAGAGCCCACAGACGCUGCGUCUCUCAUCGCUAAUGCCCUGAAGCGCAAGUUUGCCCAUCGCUAUCGCCACAACAGCAGUGAGGACAAGGAGUUUGACUUCCCAGCCUCUGAACUGAAACCUUUCUGUUCUGAAUUCCCCAAGACCAAUAAGAAAGUAGAGAUUCCCCUGGUAAGGCAGCCCCGGUUGAAAACCCCAGCCCCUGUAGUGAAACCACGCCCAGAGACCCCCCUGUUUGGGCAGCACAUGUUGAAAUCUACUGGCAAGAGAAAUCUCCUCUGAGCACCCACAGGGAUGGGAUGGAAUUCUGGACUUGGUCGGAGUUCUGGACCUUCAGACAGUCAUGGACACUUUAAGUGCCUUAUGAAGCGGUUUGUCAGCUGUCUCUGUGAAUGGACACAUGGUUUCUGACUAGAUAUUCAGUUCAUCUGCUCUCCAUUCCUGCUCACCAACAGUGUUGCAUUGCCUCAUAGUCUUCAGUUCUUGCACUUUGAUAACAUACAGGAUCCGUUUUUGUGUGUACCACGUAGAUUUUAACUUGUUUUAAUCAAAUGUCUUAUUUUUGUUUCUUAAUUGAUGCCAGUUUCAAAGGUCAAAUUUUGCUGUACAGAUUUGCUGUAAAUGUUAAUUUUUUUGUAUCAUAACUAAAUUCCAAUAUGAGGCACACCAGUGUUUAUGUUCUGGAUACACACUGUAACACUACAGACGCCUAACAUUCCUCUCAGCUGUUAAUAACUACAUUUAUUUAUGGGAAUGAACCUUCUCUAAAUCACAGAUGGAAAGACAUAUCCUUUUUGCAUGCCCUUUUCAAGGCAGUUGUAUUUCUCUUUGCCUCACUGGGUAUUUGCUGUCUACUGCUUGCUGUGGGUAGAGAGAAAUGUAUGCAGAGAGGGAACACUGUCAUUUGGUCCUUCUUGUAGAGUAUUGGGCCGUUGACUAGAAUGCAAUUUACAAAAAGUCUAAUUUAUGAUUUCUAGAUCUCUUAUUUAUGUUUUGGUUUGAACUGAAUUUAGUUAAUACUUGAUACAAAAAUGAAGUUGUAGCUGUUAUCAAAGCAUGUAUGGUUGAUGUAAUUAUGUUUAGUUUUAGACUGGCUCUCUUUUAGCUUUAUUGAGUUUCCUGAAACACUGUUACCAUACAGUACCUCAGUAUGAAGACUGGACCAAAUGAAUCUAUGGUGACAGUGUUGUUCUAAAGCUUAAUACUGGGGUACUCUACCAGUCAUUUUAACUAUAACUUAGCAAUGCUGGGCAGGAUUAUUAUUUAUUUUUAUUGUUCCAGAUCUGGCAUUAUCAUUCAGUUGUAUUUUGUUAUAUGGUUAGAAGCCAAAUGGUAUCCCGGGAGGUAGUGCUACUUGAUGACAAGCUGAGUAUCCCUCUGUUUAUAUCCAGAUGCCUUGAUACUAAGACUAUUUCAUACCAUAACCACUGUUCCUCUUGGAUAUAUUCUGUUGAUGGUUAAGAAUUUCAUACUUCAUAUUUUUUGUGGAAUAACAAAGGUGUUCUCUGCACACCUUGACACAGAUAUGGCUAUUUAGGGGGAAACAGUAUUUCAGAUAAAUCUAACACUAAGACAAUCAAUGACCAGUGUGUUUAUUAUUGACAUACUGUAUGUGCUGUACCGAUAUAUUUCCUGCUCAGUGUGUUUAAGCUUUGAACUUGAACUGCAUGGUGGGAGAAUAAGAGAACAUGGACAACUCAACUGUCAGUGAUACUUGAGGUAAAACACGAGAUCUGUGUUGUGAAAUGUCUUCCAUACUUGAAAGAAAAUAAAAAUUCAUGAAUAAAACCAAA